UCCACCAGGCGGAUCCACCAGCUGCUCCUCAUCCACACUGGAAGCUUCAGCCCCGGCGAGCGGACCUGCUCAGGCUGCCCGGGUCCUCACUGACCAGCCGCGGCCGCAGCAGCCGCCUCUCGACCGCUCUUCUACCCGCGGAGGCUUUUGGUAACAACCCCGCUCAUGUGCAUCUGCCCGGCCGCGAACCUGCGGGAGUAACCCGGCCGGGAGGACCGAGCGAUGUCGGCGCCGGGCUCCGCGAGCGGCUCCGUCAGCGGCUACAACCACAGCUCGACGCCGAACGGAGGAGCCGCGCCGCCCCGUCAGAACGGUCCAGCUCACUCGUACCCACCUCCAGGCUACUAUGGAGCCCCACCUCCACAACAGAGCUACCCCACCAUCCCUGCCAACCCCGUCCCCGGCAAAGCGCCCAUUACGAACAGUGCUAACUUCUACCAGAACAACCAUCAGCAGCAGCAGCAGCAUCUCCCCCAGCAUCAUGUAGCACCCUCCUCAUACAGUGCUCCUCCAAGCUCUGCUCCCCCUUCUCAGCCAUAUGCCACACUCCCCUCUCCUGCACCCCCACCAUCAAACACCCAGUACAACCAUCGGCCUUUACAGCAGCAGCAGCAGCAGCCGCCCUACACCACUCCAGGAUCCUACUAUGGACAGCAGGCGUACCACGCACCCCCGGCACAGCCCCUUCAACAACAGCAGCAGCAGCAGCAACAACCCAGUUUGGUUCCGGCGACAGCUACCGGCACCGGAGCGCCCCUCUACCCCAUUGUGUCGUACCCAUCGGGGCCGGGGAGUAGUCAGUACGGCACGCUGAGCUCCUUGCAGGGCACCCCCACGCCCCCCGGAGUGCUGCCCACCCAAAUGGGUGCACCGCUUCAUCAGUACAACGCGUUACAGCCAGCCUCCACAGCACCGGUGCAGCCCGGGUACGGCGUGUGUCCUCCCAGUCAGGGGCCAACGGUCAACGGACAAGGAAGCACAGCCCCGACCACAGUCCACCAACACUAUGACCAAAGCCACCAGGCCCUGCAGAGUUAUAACUCCUACGGUGGCACCGGGGGUGCAGACACAGACCAGGCUCCCUCAAGAGCCACUUCGGUCCAUUCCUCGCCGGGCCACCACCAAGGCAUGCAGUAUGGAUAUGUUGCUAAUAGUGGAGCUAGCUCUGCCUCUGCCACCACCUCAGGCCCAGCAGCAGCAGCAGCAGCAGCAGCAGCAGCAGCACCCCCCUCGUCAUCCAGCUCUGAGGAUGAGGAUGAGGAUGAUGAUGAUGAGGAGGAUGAGGAAGCAGGUGGGGAUACGUCGUCCUCCACCACUGGCAGUGCCUCUCCGGUGCCCAACAGCUAUGAUUCGCUUGAAGGGGGCAGCUAUCCAGAUUCUAUACCACCUUCUAAUGAUAUGAGCAGCCAGGCUCAGCCCUAUGGUAGCUAUGGUUACUCCAGCAUGCAGCCAGCCUAUCCGCAGGGGCCGCCCUCCCACCCUGACUCUUCUCCCACUCACGACCAGUACGACCAGUCAGGCUACGAGCACUACUCCCGGCCUUUUCCCAACCUGUCCCAGCUGUCUGCGGCCCUCGGGGGCCUGAGCGGGGUGCCGGAGCUGGAGGUGGAGGCCCUGACGCCGAUUAACCUGAUGCACGAGAGGAACCUGCUGCCCCCGAGGCCCCUGGAGGCCCCUGAACCCAACCUCAAUGGUGACCUCAAGAAGGUCAACUGCAGUCCGCAGACAUUCAGGUGUACGCUGACGAGCAUCCCCCAGACGCAGGCUUUACUCAACAAGGCCCGGCUCCCUCUGGGCCUCCUCCUCCAUCCCUUCAGAGACUUACAGCAGUUACCGGUGAUCACAUCGAACACGAUAGUGCGCUGUCGCUCCUGUCGUACCUACAUCAAUCCCUUUGUCACCUUCCUGGACCAGCGCAGGUGGAAGUGUAACCUCUGUUACCGAGUCAAUGAUGUUCCAGAUGAGUUUAUGUACAACCCGGUCACCAGGUCGUACGGCGAGCCCCACAAAAGGCCGGAGGUUCAAAACGCCACCGUGGAGUUCAUCGCCUCCUCAGACUACAUGCUGAGACCUCCUCAGCCGUCGGUCUACCUGUUCGUCCUCGACGUGUGUCACAACGCUGUGGAAGCCGGCUACCUGAAGUACUUCUGUGAAUCACUUCUGGAGAACCUGGAUAAGUUGCCCGGGGACACGCGCACCAGAGUGGGCUUCCUAACCUUCGACAGCACCAUCCACUUCUACAACCUGCAGGAGGGACUGUCACAGCCACAGAUGCUGGUGGUGUCAGACAUAGACGAUGUGUUUAUACCGUCUCACGACAGUCUGAUGGUGAACCUGAAGGAGAGCAGAGAGCUGGUGCAGGACCUGCUCACCUCGCUGCCGGCCAUGUUCAGUCAGACCAAGGAGACCCACAGUGCCCUCGGCCCGGCGUUGCAGGCGGCCUUCAAGCUCAUGUCUCCCACGGGCGGCCGCAUCACGAUUUUCCAGACACAGCUGCCCACGCUGGGUGCUGGAAUGCUGCAAUCGAGAGAAGACCCCAACCAGCGCUCGAGUACUAAGGGAGUUCAGCACCUCGGCCCUGCCACAGACUUUUAUAAGAAGCUGGCUCUGGACUGCUCAGGGCAACAGAUCGGGGUGGAUCUCUUCUUGCUCAGCUCCCAGUACGCUGACCUGGCCUCGCUAGCUUGUAUCUCCAAAUACUCAGCAGGCAGCAUCUUUUACUACCCCUCCUUUCAUUACAUCCACAACCCUGCACAGCUGGAGAAGUUCCAGAAGGAUCUCGAGCGCUACCUCACCAGGAAGAUCGGCUUUGAGGCGGUUAUGAGAAUACGAUGCACUAAAGGUUUAUCCAUCCAUACGUUCCAUGGUAACUUCUUUGUGCGCUCCACCGACCUGCUGUCCCUCGCCAAUGUGAACCCAGACUCUGCCUUCGCUGUCCAGAUGUCGAUCGAUGACUCUCUGGCAGACUCGUCUCUGGCCUGCUUCCAGGCUGCGCUGCUCUACACCUCCAAUAAAGGAAAGAGGCGUAUUCGAGUUCACACCCUGUGUCUGCCGGUGGUCAACCAGCUGAGUGACGUGUACGCUGGGGCUGACGUCCAAGCUAUCACUUGUCUGCUCGCCAACAUGGCCAUCGACCGGUCGAUAUCGUCCAGCCUGUCAGAUGCUCGGGACGCUCUGGUGAACGCCGUGGUGGACAUGGUGACCUCCUACAAGAGCAACGUGUCCAACCUGCAGCAGUCCGGCAUCGUGGUCCCCUCCUCCAUGCGCCUGUUCCCUCUCUACAUCCUCGCUCUGCUCAAACAGAAAGCGCUGCGGACGGGCACCAGCACGCGACUGGACGAGCGGGUCUUUGCCAUGUGUGAGUUCAAGACGCAGCCGCUGCAGCAGAUGAUGCAGAUGGUUCAUCCCGACCUGUACAGGCUGGACAACAUAUCAGACCAGGGGGCGCUCCAUCUGAACGACACGCUGGUUCCUCAACCUCAUCUGCUCCACCUGGCAGCGGAGAGGCUGAACCGAGACGGAGCUUUCCUCAUGGACUGUGGCAACGUGUUUUAUCUGUGGAUCGGCAAAUGCUGCAACGAGAUGUUCAUCCGAGAUGUUCUGGGCUGUUCCAACUACGCCUCAAUACCCCCCAACAUGAGUCACAUUCCUGAGCUGGAGACGACUCUGUCUGAGAGGGUGCGAGCGUUCCUCGACUGGCUGCAGGACAACCGAGCGUUCAUCUCAACCAUACACGUCGUCAAAGACGACGCUGCGGGGAAAGCUUCCAUCCUCCAGCACCUGGUGGAGGAUCGGUCGGAGUCGGCUUCAUCUUACGUUGAGUUUCUGGAGCACGUUCAGCUUCAAAUGUCCAAGUAGGCUCCCGUCAGUCGGAGAGAACCUCUGACCUCAGACCAGUGCGAGGGAGGACUUCAGCCUCGUAGCGUGAAAACUAGCUUUAGUCAGUGACGGACGCCCAUCGCCUCCUCAGACCAGUUUCAGGGAGGUGGGUUUACCUCCCCUUCAUUUUUAAAACAGUCUUCUUAAACAGAGCAACCCCUCGAAGCCGAUUGGUCAGCCGUGGUUUGACCAUCGGAAAGGGAGGCGGGGCCAACGUUUCCAGAAAGAGAAUAAAGAAUAACAGGAACGAAUUCCGAUGAAGGAACCGGGGAUUUGUCACACGUCAAAAUGAAAUGUUGAAAACACUCCUGCAGCGUCUUAAUCACUGUCGAGCCCCCGUUUAGCCUCUCAUCAAAUCACGAGUAAACAAGAGGGGGGGGGACGUGGAGCCAAGAAGAUGCCACUUCAGUACGUUUUUUUAGUUUUGUUGUUUUUUCGUGACCUGCACAUGUAGCUCGUGCUGUUUUAUUUUAUAAUUUAUUCCCUUCUUUACUCCUUUUUUAGUAAAAUUUUUUGAAUACACUGGAGAACAGAAACAAGCAUUCCUUCUGUUGUUUUGUUUUUUUGUCGGCAUGUGCUCUGAAAUCCGCAUGUCACCGUUUUGUUUGCUGCUAGUCCGAGGAUAGAAGACGAGCGGGAGCUUCACCAGUGGCUGGACAUUAUGAAAACCAUCCCCCCCCCCCGCUCCGCUCCGCUGUGUGACCCGAGUGUGUCGAGCUCACUCCUCCAGAAAAGUCCCACUGUCAACAAUCUUCUUCUCAUUUGUUUUAUUGUUUUCCGGGCGCUAACUCGAGUUGCUCCUCCACUUUGUAACUAUUGAAAAGAAUCUUUUAUGUGCGAUAAUUUAUGAACCAGCUUAUUAAAUAAAAAACAAAAACAGA